UUAAAGCCUUGAUGCAAACGUCCUGUUGACACUGAGAGCUCAUGGCCACUGGCUGAGUCAUGUGGGUCUGCCCUGUGGAGCAGCCAGACCCCCUUUGGUCAUCACCUAAUGUUCUUCCUUCCCUGGAGCAGGAUCAGGAGCUGCGCCAGCACAUGGAAGCCAAGUUUCUGCAGAUUCAAAAAGACUACGAGAAACUCAGCUUAGCCUCAGGGAUCCUCCAGAAGGACUCUCAACAAAAGCAGAAAGAAAUCACGAUGCUGUUCCAGUCUCUGGAGAAGCUUCAGAAGGAGAAGGCAAAUGAGCAGGACGUGAUGGCAGCAAUGGACAUGAAGGCGGACAAAGCUGCCUUGGGAAGCAAAGUCAAUUGCAGCCAAUUUGAAGAGAACAUGGAAGAGCUGGAUGAGAGGAUGCAGGAGUUGCAGAGCCAGAUUUCAGGUCAGGAGGAGCACUGGAACAAUAUGCAGCGUCAGUUCAGCGAUGCAAUUGAAGAGAAGCUGGAUCGCCUGGAGCUGAAGGCUUUCCGUAAGCACAUUGACGAGGCCUGGAGCAGGAAUAUUGAGGAACUUGAGAACAGGCUGUUGCGUGAAAACGCUGCUGGGAUUAAGAAGCAGCUGCCAGUCCCUUUCACGUGCCUGUCCUGUGACCGCAUGCUCACCGUGCAGGUCCCUGGCCAGUGAGUAGCACCAGUGCAUCGGGGGCAGCGGGGCUGGGAUGGGGGGAGAUGGGUGCCAGCAGUGACCGCUGUGCUGGGCACAGGGUGACAGGGUCUGCUUGGGAGGCCCUGA